CCAGCUUGCGUCACCGCCUCAGAGCGGAGAAGAGCGAGCAGGGGAGAGCGAGACCAGUUUGAAGGGGAGGACCGGUGCGAGUGAGGCAGCCCCGAGGCUCUGCUCGCCCACCACCCAGUCCUCGCCUCUCUUCUGCUCCACCUUCUCUCUCUGCCCUCACCUCUCCCCCGAAAACCCCCUAUUUAGCCAAAGGAAGGAGGUAAGGGGAACACUUUCCCCUCCCCUUCCAAAAAACAAAACCAGAAAAACACUUUUCCAGACCGGAGAGAGCAGGAGAGAAGAGGGGUCGCCGGGCUCGCCAUGGAGCUGCUGUGCUGCGAGGUGGACCCGGUCCGCAGGGCCGUGCGGGACCGCAACCUGCUCCAAGACGACCGCGUCCUGCAGAACCUGCUCACCAUCGAGGAGCGCUACCUUCCGCAGUGCUCUUACUUCAAGUGCGUGCAGAAAGACAUCCAACCCUACAUGCGCAGAAUGGUGGCCACCUGGAUGCUGGAGGUCUGUGAGGAACAGAAGUGCGAAGAAGAGGUCUUUCCUCUGGCCAUGAAUUACCUGGACCGUUUCUUGGCUGGGGUCCCGACUCCGAAGUCACAUCUGCAACUCCUGGGUGCUGUCUGCAUGUUCCUGGCCUCCAAACUCAAAGAGACCAGCCCUCUGACUGCGGAGAAGCUGUGCAUUUACACAGACAACUCCAUCAAGCCUCAGGAGCUGCUGGAGUGGGAACUGGUGGUGCUGGGGAAGUUGAAGUGGAACCUGGCAGCUGUCACUCCUCAUGACUUCAUUGAGCACAUCUUGCGCAAGCUGCCCCAGCAGCGGGAGAAGCUGUCUCUGAUCCGCAAGCAUGCCCAGACCUUCAUUGCUCUGUGUGCCACCGACUUUAAGUUUGCCAUGUACCCACCAUCGAUGAUCGCAACUGGAAGUGUGGGAGCAGCCAUCUGUGGGCUCCAGCAGGACGAGGAAGUGAGCUCGCUCACUUGUGAUGCCCUGACUGAGCUGCUGGCUAAGAUCACCAACACAGACGUGGAUUGUCUCAAAGCUUGCCAGGAGCAGAUUGAGGCGGUGCUCCUCAAUAGCCUGCAGCAGUACCGUCAGGACCAGCGUGACGGAUCCAAGUCGGAGGAUGAACUGGACCAAGCCAGCACCCCUACAGACGUGCGGGAUAUCGACCUGUGAGGAUGCCAGUUGGGCCGAAAGAGAGAGAUGCAUCCAUAAUCUGCUCUCUCCUUCUUUCUGGUUAUGUUUUUGUUCUUUGUGUUUUAGGGUGAAACUUAAAAAAAAAAAUUCUGCCCCCACCUAGAUCAUAUUUAAAGAUCUUUUAGAAGUGAGAGAAAAGGUCCUACGAAAACGGAAUAAUAAAAAGCAUUUGGUGCCUAUUUGAAGUACAGCAUAAGGGAAUCCCUUGUAUAUGCGAACAGUUAUUGUUUGAUUAUGUAAAAGUAAUAGUAAAAUGCUUACAGGAAAACCUGCAGAGUAGUUAGAGAAUAUGUAUGCCUGCAAUAUGGGAACAAAUUAGAGGAGACUUUUUUUUUCAUGUUAUGAGCUAGCACAUACACCCCCUUGUAGUAUAAUUUCAAGGAACUGUGUACGCCAUUUAUGGCAUGAUUAGAUUGCAAAGCAAUGAACUCAAGAAGGAAUUGAAAUAAGGAGGGACGUGAUGGGGAAGGAGUACAAAACAAUCUCUCAACAUGAUUGAACCAUUUGGGAUGGAGAAGCACCUUUGCUCUCAGCCACCUGUUACUAAGUCAGGAGCGUGGUUGGGUCUCUACAUUAACAUCAUUUUGCUGUCUACAGUAGCUGCUACCUAAAAAAAGAUGUUUUAUUUUGCCAGUUGGACACAGGUGAUUGGCUCCUGGGUUUCAUGUUCUGUGACAUCCUGCUUCUUCUUCCAAAUGCAGUUCAUUGCAGACACCACCAUAUUGCUGUCUAAUGGGGAAAUGUAGCUAUGGGCCAUAACCAAAACUCACAUGAAACGGAGGCAGAUGGAGACCAAGGGUGGGAUCCAGAAUGGAAUCUUUUCUGUUACUGUAUUUAAAAGGGUAAUGUGGCCUUGGCAUUUCUUCUUAGAAAACAACUAAUUUUUGGUGCUGAUUGGCAUGUCUGGUUCACAGUUUAGCAUUGUUAUAAACCAUUCCAUUCGAAAAGCACUUUGAAAAAUUGUUCCCGAGCAAUAGAUGGGAUGGUUUAUGCAAGUCAUGCUGAAUACUCCUCCCCUCUUCUCUUUGGCCCCCUCCCUUCCUGCCCCCAGUCUGGGUUACUCUUCGCUUCUGGUAUCUGACAUUCUUUGGUACACAGUUCUGGUGUUCCUACCAGGACUCAAGUGACACCGCUUCCUGCUGACAUUCCCAUCACAACAUUCCUCAGAAAAGCCUGUAAACUAAAAUCUGUUACCGUUCUGAUGGCACAGAAGGAUCUUAAUUCCCAUCUCUAUACUUCUCCUUUGGACAUGGAAAGAAAAGUUAUUGCUGGUGCAAAGAUAGAUGGCUGAAUAUCAGGGUGUGGCAUUUUGUUCCCUUUUCCGUUUUUUUUUAUUGUUGUUGUUAAUUUUAUUGCAAAGUUGUAUUCAGCGUACUUGAAUUUUUCUUCCUCUCCACUUCUUAGAGGCAUUCAGUUAGCAAAGAGGUUGGAGCAACAACUAUUUUUUUUUUUUUUUGCACAAUUGUAAUUGACAGGUAAUGAAGCUAUUUGUUAAAAUAUUUGCCUUUUUAAGU